AUGGUUAAGGCCAAGACUUGGAUUCUAAAGAAAUACUUUGAGGGUUUUCCUAAGGAGAGUAACUUUGAGCUAAGAGAGGUGGACCUACCUGAACCAAAAGAUGGAGAGGUCCUGGUAGAGGCAUUGUACAUUAGUCUGGACCCAUAUCAGAGGGGUUUCACUGAAAGGUUUAUCAAAGAAGGAGACGUCCAGUAUGGAGGUCAAGUGGCCAAGGUGAUCCAGAGUAAAAACAAGGCUUUCCCUGUUGGGUGCAAUGUAUUUGUACACAGUGGAUGGAGGACUCACACUUUGUCUGAUGGAUCAGACCUCACCAAAAUCCCAAGCAACUGGCCAAAAGAUCUUCCCCUGUCCCUGGCUCUGGGAGCCAUCGGAAUGCCAGGGUUGACCGCUCUGUACGGUUUAGAGGAGGUUCUCCAAAUCAAACCCAGUGAAACUGUUCUCGUCAAUGCAGCGGCCGGAGCGGUUGGAGCAGUGGUCGGUCAGAUCUGUAAAAUCAAAGGCUGUAAGGUGGUUGGGUCAGCUGGGAGUGAUGCUAAGGUGGCCUACCUGAAAGAGCUGGGCUUUGACGAGGCCUUUAACUACAAAACCGUCUCAUCACUGGAGGAGGCCCUCAAAGCCGCCUCUCCUGAUGGAUACGACUGCUACUUUGAGAAUGUGGCUGGUCCCUUCUUUACUGCUGCUCUCUCUCAGAUGAAGAAAGAGGGACGUAUUGCUGUGUGUGGAGCCAUUGCUGUGUACAACGACACCACCCCUCAGACAUGUCCUUACCCACAUAAAACUAUGCUGGUUAAUCACAUAAAAAUGGAGGGCUUUAGCGUGUGGAAAUGGAAGCACAAAGAUGAAGAGUCUCUCCAGAGACUGCUGACCUGGAUGAAAGAGGGAAAACUGAAGGCCAAAGAAGUGGUAACUGUCGGGUUUGAGAACACUCCUGCAGCCUUCCUCAGAAUGCUGAGAGGAAAUGACAUUGGCAAACACAUUGUUAAAGUGUGA